AGUGUAGCUAUGUUGCUCUGGUGGUUUUGGCUGUUUGGUGGUUUGAUGCCGCACGUGCUUGCGCUAGCCGAUCAACGUCCAUCAAUCGAUAUCAUCGGCAGUGUCGCGAACGGUCUGCAAUCACUCGACAUCCGUCAGCUGCCGAACGAAACACAGUGCGAACGGCAGCUGCUAGCAUUGGCCGUUGGCCUACAGGCGAAAGAGUUUUGGACAGUGAAAUUGCUUGACUCCUGGGGCAAAUGGCCGGCCGGUAUCUUCUCGGGCAAUCUGUACGAACUAGGACACUACGAUCAGUGUGCCGACUUCCGACAUGUCCAUACUGCAUCGUUUAUAGAGCCGCUAGUGGGUCGCUAUUGCUUGAUGACUGUGCCGCUCCAGAACUUGUUACCCUCGAGACAACCAGCAGCAUCUCAGUCAGCGCAACGUAUCAUGCCUGGAUCAUCCGGGGAUGUAUGGGCGGCACAUCUUGGUGUUUGUAUUCCCGCUUCCUGCACUGCCGAGCGCUUCCAACAGUUUCUCAAUACGGUUGCCCCCAAUCUACCGCCUGUAACACUUACCUGUAACACUGUUCCAUCGUCACUCGGCACUGCACAAUGGGUAACGAUAUCCAUUUUCGGUGUAAUUGUUCUGUUAGCGGUGGCGAGCACGCUGUACGAAGCAGUCACACUCUGCCGGAGACGUACGCCACACCGAAAUCUGAUCAUCUUUUCACUCUACUGCAAUGGAAGGAAACUGUUGGCGACAUACCAACGGACCCAGCAGCCGUCUUCCGUCAAGUCGAACACAAUCGACUGCCUCAACGGUAUACGGGUGAUAUCGAUGGCGUGGGUUGUGUUUAGUCACAACUACGUCCGUAUCGCUAUGCAGCCCAUCAUCAACUCACACGUCAUACUGCCCUGGCUGGAGUCGUACCAUAGUGUACUCAUCGUCGCGUCUACCGUCUCCGUAGACUCGUUCUUUCUUCUAAGCGGUUUGCUUACCUGCUGGAGCAUACUGAACGCACUGGACAAGUGUGGCCGGCUCAACCUGCCUGUGAUGUACCUGCACCGUUAUCUCCGACUCACACCCGCGCUGGCCGCACUCGUACUCUUCUCCGCCACGCUCAUGAAGUACAUCGGGUCCGGACCAUUUUGGGACGGUGCGAUGAGACUUACGGAGGACAGCUGCCAGAAAUACUGGUGGUCAUCGCUGCUGUACGUGCAGAACUACGUUAACCCGCAGGAGGUGUGUCUCGGUCACACCUGGUACCUUUCCGUCGAUAUGCAGCUCUACCUUGCCGCACCCUUCAUCAUCUAUCCGCUGUGGCGCUGGGGUCGACGGAUGCUGCUCGCAAUCGUUGCGCUAAUCGCCGCGUCCAUGGUGACGGUGUUUGUACUGUUUUUCGUCUACCAUUUGCGGCUCUCCUUUCUGGCGGUGGACGACAAACGAUUGCGGCACGUGUACACCUACUACCCAACGCACACGCGUGCCGGUGCGUGGUUGGUCGGUGUGAUGUAUGGGUACGUGUUGCAGCGCACCAAGAAACACUACGUCCUGCUACCGCGCUGGUUUAUAGUGCUCGGCUGGACGCUGACCGUGUCCGCCAUUUUGGCGAUACUGUUCGGCGACCAUCCGAUCCAGCAGCCGGACUACGAAACUUUACCGCAAGCGGUGGACGCCAUCUACGAGUCACUCAGCCGCGUCGGUUGGGCCACGGCGAUCGGCUGGAUUGUGUUCGCGUGCGUCAACGGGUACGGUGGAGCAAUCAAUGACUUCCUGGGCGCUACCUUCUGGCAACCGUUGGGGCGCCUGUCCUACACAAUCUACCUGCUGCAUUUCCCCAUCCAAAUGAUGAUGGCCGGCUCGGCCCGGGUGCCUUACUACUUUACGGAUCUUUUAGCUGCGUACCAGUUCUGGGGCGACAUAGGCUUCACGUUGACGCUCGCGCUCGUCUGGACGUUGUUGUUCGAGUCGCCAAUUAUCGGACUGGAACGAAUGCUGUUUGGGCGACCGUCUCGGCAAGCAUCCAAGAGCGCGCCAGAGAAGGAUGCGACCAGUACAGAAAACAAUGGCGACGGAAGAGUGAUACCGAAAUCUCUCUCGCUAACAAUUCAAACUGCACGUAUUUAA